AUGUCUUUCUUUACCAAUCUGGUAGGAUCCAUCAAUUCUGUCGUCGAUACUGUGGUGGAUACCUACAACAAUGCACAUACAUUUCCGAACACCGUUAUCAGAGUGAACGGAAGAAGCUUUCGAAUCACAAAACUACUGGGCGAAGGUGGAUUUUCAUUUGUAUAUCUAGCCCAGGACGAUACGAAGCAGUUGUUUGCCAUCAAAACUAUACGUUGUAAAAUGGGAAAAGAAGUGGCUCAGAAUGCGAUUAAAGAAGCCAUCAUCACAAAUCGUUUUCAACACAAGAAUAUCAUCAAAAUAGAGGACAUGUGCAUGAUUAAAGAGGAAGAUGGCAGCAAGACUAUAUACAUCAUCAUGCCUUUCUACAAGAGAGGCAACUUACAAGAUUUGAUCGACAAGUGCAACCAACAAGGAAAGACUAUCCCAGAGCGACAGAUUUUGACAUUGUUUAGAGACAUCUGUAUUAGUGUGCAAGUACUAGCAUCUUACAAGAAUAGAGCUGGAGUCAGUAUACCUUGGGCACAUCGAGACAUUAAGCCUGCCAAUGUCUUACUAUCAGACGAUGGAAAGACACCUGUGCUUAUGGACUUUGGAUCAGCAAGAUCUGCCCGUGUUGAGAUUGUAGAUAGACAAACUGCCAUGAAACAGCAAGAUGAUGCUGCCGAAAACUGCUCCAUGCCAUACAGAGCUCCAGAAUUAUUUGACGUUAAAACAGGUACAACGCUCACUGAGAAGGUGGAUGUGUGGUCAUUAGGGUGCACACUUUUUGCUAUGGCCUAUGGAGAAUCACCAUUUGAGAUGACUAUAAAUCAGCAAGGAGGAACGAUGGCACUUGCCGUGCUGAAUAGACAAUUUUACUUUCCACAUGCCAAAAAAGACGUCUACUCGAGAACACUCCAAGAUCUGAUAUCUUGGAUGUUAAACACGGAUUCUGACGCUAGACCCAGCGUAGACAAAGUAAUCUCUGCCGUUAAUAGAGUAAUUUCUUGA